UUUAAACUUCUUGAAGCACAAAAAAAAAAAACGAGCAAUGUGCAGUGCAAUACAAUUAAUUCAUUUUUAAAAUGAAUAAGUUAAAUAUAAAUUGAACUAAAAAGAAGAAGAAAAAUCCCAAUGCUGUGAAUGUCUCCCCCUCGUGUGUCGUGGGUUUACCGAUACCGGAAAUGUCUGUGUUUACAGCGCGUUAGCAUAGUCAGAAGCCAUUCGGAGUCCUUUCGUUUUUGUAAACAACAACCUGACCAUUUAAAUUACUCGCGUGAAUUAUUAAGUUUCAUAAGGCCCCGUAUGGUGGUUUGGAAGCCGUCCGGGCUACGGCGAGUUGUAGCAAUGGCCAGCUGACUCGGCAACUAGCGAGGCUGGCUAACAUCUUCCUCGCCGCCAGUGGAGUCAAACAGGUGCAGUGCGGUGGAUGGUGAGCAGCAAUGGGCGCCGAGAGCAGCGCCGUGCGGAGUUGCACACCGGAGGAGCCGCUCCUGAGCCUGCCCUUUGGUCUCACCAUGUUCGCUGCAGUGCUCCAGGACGGAAGGGCCGCUUCAGUGUUUGUUCACAAGCGCGGCAAUGAAGAUAAGGUCAAUAAAGCAGCUAAGCACCUGAAGACCCUGAGGCACCCUUGCCUGCUGCGCUUCCUGUCCUGCUCGGUGCAGGACGGCAGCAUCCACCUGGUGACGGAGCGGGUCAAGCCUCUGGAGCUGCUGCUGGACGGCCUCUCGCCAGAAGAGAUCUGCGCCGGAAUCUACGACCUCCUGCAGGCAAUUGUCUUUCUGCACGAGAGGGGGAAGUCAAGCCACAACAACGUGUGCAUCUCGUCUGUGUUUGUCAGUGAAGAUGGACAUUGGAAACUUGGAGGGAUGGAGACAGUCUGCAAGUUCUCGGAAGCAACUCCAGAGUUUCUUGUUAGUAUUCAGAGCGUGAGAGACGCCAGCUGUGUUCCACCAGAGGAGCAGGUGGAGGGCUUUAAAAUGCUUCCAGAUAAAAACGCUCACGCUCGGGACUGUUACUCGUUUGGCUCCAUGCUCGAAGCCCUCCUGCCUCUCUUGAACGAUUACGUGUCACAGGAGCUUUCCGAUAGCCUGAAAAAGACCCUGCAGGCGGGCCCGCUGAACUCUGACCCCUCAUAUCGGCCCGCCCUCAGUUCCCUGCUGACUCACGAUUUUUUCAGGAACGACUUUCUGGAGGUGAUGAACUUUCUGACCAGCCUCACACUGAAGACGGAGGAAGAAAAGAAUGAGUUCUUCAAGUUUCUUCUUGACAGAGUCCAGGGCCUCCCUGAAGAGCUGACGGCCGUACGUCUGGUCCCCAAACUCCUCAACUCCCUGGUGUUUGCCGAGCCGAUGGCGGUCAAAAGCUUUCUGCCGCACCUCCUAAAGCCAAAGAAGGAUUGCGGUAGCGGUGAAGAAUGCCUGCUGUCCGUGUCUCUUUACCGCAAGCACGUCAUCCCACAGCUCCUCAAGCUCUUCAGAGUCAACGAGGAGCACGUGCGGAUGGUGUUGUUGGUGCACAUCCACAUCUACGCUCAGUUCUUCUCCCACGAGGAACUGAAGGUUCAGAUCCUACCUCAGGUUUUGCUCGGGAUGAGAGACACCAAUGACGCUCUGGUCGCCAUGACGCUGCAGAGUCUGGCCGUGUUGGUGCCUUUGCUUGGUGCUCAGGUGGUGGUGGGAGGAGAGAGAACUAAGGUCUUUAAACGCUCCACUCCCAAUUUCAGCAGGUCAGCAGAGGCCACGCCGGAAACAUCGCCCGUCCACAUCAUCGGAGGCUCCUUCCCUCAGAUGGAGCAGCCUUCCAAGGUUUUAAAUUUGUUCCCCAGACCGCCUGAAGACCUUCAGGGCAACACAGAGCAAUUAAUGGGGAGAACAGAGAUUUCAAGAAACACGCUGGAAGCAACAACAGGCGUCAGCAAACCUAUGUUUCUCUCCUUAAAUGGCUUCCGCCAGCACGUUGACGCCAACUCCUCCAGCCCAGAGGAGGCGGCGCACUCACCGAAAGGCCGCAGGGAGGACUGGCCUGACUGGAGCGAUCCGGAUGAGGGUGAGGAUGGAAAAAGCCAGCCGGUCCAGAUCCUCAUCGAGUCCUCAGAUGCGGCUAGACUGCACCAGACGGUAGAAGCUGAAGAGCCUUGGGAUGAUUUUGAGGACAAUGACGCCACCUCCGAGGCUUCUCCCGCAACACCGGUUGUAUUUACUUCAUCCCCUGAAAAACAAACCACUGAGCCACUAAAACUGGGAGCUUCCAAACCCCUCAAACUGGGCACAGCGGCACAACCUGCUAAUCAAGCCUCAGUGGACCCCAAGACUGCGGUGCCGCAGAACCUCAGGCCCUCGGGAGGUCUCGGCGAGGAGUUCACCAUCAAGGUGAAGAAGAAGCAGCAAGAAGCAGACCCAGAGCUGGAUUUGUUUGCGGACAUGGUGCCGGACAUUAAGCUAUCCUCUUCGGCUCUGCUCAUACUGAGCGGGAGCGGCGACGCCACGUCGACGUUGCGCAAUGCUGCUAUCGACACAUCGACAACAACGCUGUCUGCCAAGUUUGCUGCUACAAGUGAGACUGAGGCUGAAGCAGAAGGUUGGGGUGAUGGGGACGACCUCAACUGGGAGGAUGAAAAUGGUUGGGGAUGACAUUAACCAGGAACCCACUCUAGAACACUCCCCCCCCCAAAAGUAGUAAACCCUUAAAAUAUACCAAUUCUGAUUUUUUGACGCAAGAAGAAUGAGCUGCCUUUGUUAAUUCAACUGGAAGGAAUCAAUGCUGAUCAGAUGGGUGGGGGAUAUAAAUGAAGCCAUUUUUAAUUGCUUGCCAACUGACAUGGAUAAUGCUGACAGGACAUGGUGAGGGGAAAAGUGCCAACUUUGCUAAGGGCACGUGAAGAUCUGGAUUUCUCCAACCCGAGUCAGGUUUGAUGCCCAGAAGACUUGUUACACUUUGAAUGUGGAGUAUGGAUCAGAUUAAUUUAUGAGUGGCUUUUUGGGGAAGUUGCUGGUGAAAUCAAAGCGUUUACUGUACAGAAGCCUGAUUUUGUCUUUUUGGGCCUAUUAAAAUGUUUACCGUGUUGUAAAACUAUAA